UUUUGUAUGCAGCUCAGUCAGUUGCACAAAGUUUCUAGCACAAGUCAUAGCGAGCGUUAUCUCAACUGCGCAGUGCCCUACCAGCUAUCUACAAAGCAAUUAGUGAUAUGUCAUUCGACUACAUCCAAAUCGACGAUCCCGUCUAUAAGGCAACCUGCGAGGAACGUGAUCAGCAAGAUUAUGUUUUGGUCAAACCGAAGGACUGCAGUAAGGUGCCCAUUACGCUUCCCAGCUGGGAACCCGAACCGUGCUGUUUGAACACAAGGUAUCAGAAACUGGAUCAACGAAUAAAAGACAUGGAAGUCAAACCGGACGACGUCUGGUUGGUAACGUACCCGAAGAGUGGUACCACUUGGUGCCAGGAAAUGAUUUGGCUCAUUUGCAACGACCUCGACUACGAGAAAGCUGGUUCGGUCAAAUUGAGCAAUCGGUUCCCUUUCAUGGAGAUCGGAGGUCUACGUGAUCUACCACCUGGGAUGGAUCCCUUUCAGGAGGUUCUCUCCAUGACUUCUCCGAGGUUCAUCAAAUCUCAUCUUCCGGUUUCCUUGCUACCGGAUCAAAUAUGGACCGUAAGGCCCAAGAUGGUCUACGUAAGAAGGAAUCCAAAAUCGGUCGCUGUGUCGUACUACCAUCAUUCGGUUUCGUUGCACGAGUACAAGGGAACGAUGGAUCAGUUUUUGCGAUCGUUCAUGAAGGAGUUGGAAUACUACUCACCUUAUCAUCGACACGUGAUUGAGUAUCACCAUUUGAACUAUCCGGACAAUUUGCUACAUCUAUGCUAUGAAGACAUGAAGCAGGAUCUCAAAAGCACACUGAAACGCGUAAGCGCCUUUUUCAAUAAAUCCUACUCGGACGAGCAGUUGGCCGAAUUGGAACAGCAUCUAUCGUUCGAUACAAUGAAAAAGAAUAGCGCGGUCAAUUAUCGCGAGUGGGUCGAGUUUUUGCUGAACAAAACGAACCGGGCCGACAAGCUGACCGAUCAGAACUACUUGUUUAUGCGACGUGGAGAGGCGGACGGGUGGAAGAGGGAGUUGGAUCCGGAGUUGCUGCUCAAACUGGAAGAGUGGACCAAGCGCAAGGUGGUGGAUCCGGAGCAUAUGAAGCUGUUUCAAUGA